CAAAAUCACCACUCGCGGCGCAUAAACCUCACAGAACCCGCACCGCUUGCUGAAGUGCUUGCAGUUUUUGUGAUUUGUGAUUAAAAUAAGUGCAGGAUAAUUAACACAAAAUGACUGCUCUAAACUCAGUCAGAGUACUUAAAAAUGAAGCCGAAGAAGAAAAGGCCGAGAUGGCCCGCAUGUCCAGCUUCAUCGGAGCAAUCUGCAUCGGUGAGCUGGUAAAAAGCACCCUGGGCCCCAAAGGCAUGGACAAAAUCCUCGUCUCAAUGGGCCGCAGCGCCGGUCAAGUCGAAGUAACCAACGACGGCGCAACCAUCCUCAAAUCCGUCGGCGUAGACAAUCCAGCCGGUAAAGUCCUCGUCGACAUGUCUAAAGUACAAGACGACGAAGUCGGCGAUGGCACUACCUCAGUCACAGUCCUCGCAUCCGAACUCCUCAAAGAAGCCGAGAAACUCAUCGAACAGAAAAUCCACCCGCAGACAAUCAUCGCCGGCUGGAGGAAAGCCGUCGACGUAGCCAGGACAGCACUUCGUGAAUUCGCCGUUGACAACAGCGCCGACCCUGAAAAAUUCAGGGAAGACCUGAUGAACAUCGCCAGGACUACAUUAAGCUCGAAAAUCCUUUCUCAACAUAAAGAAUACUUCGCCAAACUCGCCGUGGAUGCUGUUUUAAGAUUGAAAGGCUCCGGAGAAUUAUCCGCGAUUCAAAUCAUCAAGAAACAAGGCGGAACUUUAGAAGAUUCUUUCCUCGAUGAAGGUUUUCUUUUAGAUAAAAAAGUAGGCGUGCAUCAACCGAAGAGAAUCGAAAAGGCGAAGAUCCUCAUCGCCAACACACCGAUGGACACAGACAAGAUCAAAGUGUUCGGGAGUCACAUCAAGGUGGAUUCCAUGGCGAAAAUCGCUGAAUUAGAAUCAGCUGAAAAGGAAAAAAUGAAGGAUAAGGUCGGUAAGAUCCUCAAACACAACUGCAAUGUGUUCAUCAACAGACAGUUGAUCUACAACUACCCAGAGCAGCUUUUUGCUGACGCUGGUGUCAUGGCGAUCGAACACGCUGAUUUCGACGGUAUUGAACGUCUUGCCUUAGUCACAGGCGGUGAAAUUGUUUCCACUUUCGAUAAUCCUGAUUUAGUCAAGUUGGGAACCUGUGAUGUUAUCGAACAGGUAAUGAUUGGUGAAGAUACACUACUUCGUUUCUCAGGUGUAGCUCUAGGUGAAGCCUGUACUAUUGUAAUCCGCGGUGCAACUCAGCAGAUUAUUGAUGAAGCUGAUCGUAGUUUACACGAUGCGCUUUGUGUCUUAGCCGCAACUGUAAAAGAAUCAAAGAUUGUUUAUGGUGGUGGAUGCAGCGAGAUGUUAAUGGCUGUCGCUGUGGUGAACGCAGCCGCGAAAACGCCUGGAAAAGAAGCUGUAGCUAUGGAGGCAUUCGCGCGUGCGCUGCAGCAGUUACCAACGGUGAUCGCUGACAACGCCGGGUAUGAUUCUGCGCAGUUGGUUACAGAGUUGCGCGCUGGGCAUGUCAACACGCCGAAAUCGACGAAAGGUUUGAAUAUGGAUAUUGGUACUGUGGGGGAUAUGAAAGAGUUGGGCAUUACUGAAUCUUUUGUUGUGAAGAGGCAAGUUUUGUUGUCUGCGUCCGAAGCUGCUGAGAUGAUUCUGCGCGUUGAUAAUAUUAUCAAGGCUGCGCCGAGGAAACGCGUCGAAGACCGGGGACAUUGUUAAGUUAUUUAACACGCGUAAUUUUAUUUACAUUUAAUCAUCAUUGGCACAUUGCAAGCUUGUCUCAUCACUAUUUUUUUUUAAUUAUGUCUUUAUUUCGGCUGGCCCGUGGAACAAAGCAAUCGGAGGGUUAAGUUCAACGUGGAGUAAGGAUUUGUAUCGAAUUAACAACGUAAUGUAUGAAUUAACUAAUUCUCAAGUCGUACUCGGAUAUAAUUAAGCCUGUAUUUUCACAUCAACAAUAAACUGUUAAUGCAUUUAUACAAA